GUUGCCGGGCAACACAUGGCGCGGGCUUGAGUGGACGGUGGGUUGCUGGUUGCUGGCAACCAGGUUCGCAGGCUCAACAUGCGGCCAAGGUGGGUGAAGGCCUGAGCCUUGCCCCAGAGCCCGUGCCGGGCGGUGUCCCCGGUGCGCGCUGCCCUCGGGCCCUCCGCUAGGGCUGCGCUCGCUUUCCUCCGGGGCUCGCGCGGGGCCCAGCCCUCCCGCGCUCAGCGGGGCCGCCCAGACCCGCGUGGGUCCUCAGCUCGCCACACCUGUGCUGCCCCAGGACGCAGUCCUGCACCAGACGCGUCACCGGGCUUGCAAGUGCCAGGCAGCGGCGCGGCUCGUGUCCCCAGCGCCCAGGAGCUGUGGGCUCCGCGGCUGCACGUGGACUCCCUGCAGGAAGCGAGACGCCCCAGGGCGUCCAGCGCGGCGGAGGGGUGGGCAGCUCGGCUCAUUGGCUGCCUGCCCUCCCGCCGCACGUCUCUCAGAGCUGCCUCCCAUUGGUCUGCUGGCCUGGCUGGGCGAAGAUGCAAGGCCAACAAGAGCUGAGGGGAGAGUCUGUGCGUGACGCGGGGGCACCAGGCGAGGUUUCCCUCCACCAGGUAGCUGGGGGACAGAGUGGUGACGGUUUGGAACGUAUAAGGACCUUCUGCAGCAAUCCUUUGCUGGAUGGCAAAGCCAACAGCUGCCUGGGAGAGGGCCUCCCUUCCAGCUGUGGGAGGGGUGCAGACCCAGGAGAGCUGAGUGGCGCCUGGGGGCAGUUCGAAGGCUUUCAGGAAUCUUCAGCCAAGUUUGAGCAGUUUUCACAGAGCCUGGAACUGCUGCAGAGACCUGCAGAACUUCAGCGGUGGAGAGCUCCUCCUGCUGCAUGGGAGCAUGGUUCCCAGCAGCCACACCAGGGUGAACUCUGGGUGACAGGAACUGCCGUUGACCCAUCUUCAGAGCUUGUUGUCAACUAUGAAAAUAUUUUUAGGUUUGCUUUUCAAGAGGUUACAGUUGAACAGACCACUGAAGACGUUUCCACCUUAGACCAUUUCUUAGAAGUAAACAAGGAAGAAAACCCUGGCCUCUCGUCUGUGCACAGACUGUGUUCUGAAUCAAGGAAGCUCUGGAGAAACCUUCAAAGCACCAGCGCCGUGUCCAUAUCACAGUGCAAGUCCCGCUGCCAGGAAAACCUCUUUCUCCUUCUUGGCGUGGAUGCUGCUCAGAAGAUCCCUUCUGGAAACCAGGCUCACAUUCCGCAGGGUCUUAGCCUGAAAGAGCCUGAGGAACUGCUAGCAGUCAACAGCUUCCACCUACACCACUCCAAAGCCCUGAUCCAGACGAAGCCCUCAGAGAUACCAGGCAGCAGACAGGGGAGCCUGAUUACCUACAGCCUCUUCCUAAAGACACCCCUCCAUGGAAAUGGGCGGUUCAUCACCAUCCCACAGAAAAAGAAGAGUUUUGCUCCAUGGAACCUAAAAAUGGCAUUCUUUAGUAAUGAUGUUUGCUAAAAGCAGGAGUACUUUGUACCUUUCUGAGACAUUUUCCAUUUUCUUACCCAUCUACUUUGGCACCAGAACCUGGCAACUAUUUUGUGUCCCAAGAUCUGUAAUACCACCCAGAGCCCUAGGCCAUCUCGCACCCGUCAGGAUGUGUGGAGGAAGUGUCUGUGGCCGAGCCAGCUCGCACGUGGAGGGGCAGAGCGUAGGGUGCAGGCAGCCCGGUGAGCACCACUGGUGCCCGGAUGGGAGUGUCUGUCUGGUAGUUACCCCAGGCAGCUCACCCAGAUCUGUGAGUUCACAAGAGGAAGACACUGACUGUCACUGGGGAGAAAGCGGCUGGAAUGCGAGGAGCCCGUGGAGCGCUGUUCCUGGAAGCUCCCACACCUGCUCCCAGCCCCGCCCCACAGCCUGGGGAACAGGUCUUUCCCCUGCAAGAGGAAUAGGUGGGAGGCCACAGUACAUGGGGCCAGUAGGCCCUGAGAAGCUUGAAUCAGAAUCUUCUCCAGUCAUCCACCGAGGCAGCGCUUCCCUUCUGAGGGAACUAAGCAGGUAGAACUGACAUUUUUGUUAAUUUUUAUUGAAUAAAAAGGUCUGGGUAAGCCUGUGUUUUUGUUGACUCAUGAGUUCUGCAGGGACUGGUGCUGAAAUCCUGUCCCCAGGCAGUCCUGAGAUCUGAGGGGCUGACAAAGAGAAGCCACUGGAGAGAUCAGAGGCUGUAGUUGGAACCUAUUGUCUGUCUCUGCCCAGGCAAUCCUGGGGACCAGCUUCUCUGGAAAAUGCCAGCUUCCCAGCCUAGUGACCCAGAUAAGGGCAUCGUUAGGUCACGAAGUGAUGGUAGCUGUUCCUGUUCUAAAGGGAGAAGGGAGUGGCUGUCACCCUUCUGGCCCUUGGCCACCUACACCUGACAGCUGUGCUGCCAGCUUUACCUCGGAUGUGGCUUAAGAUUUAUAGUAAAGCAGUAAUUCUAUUUGUGUGUGUGCAUGCCAUAUGUUUAUUAUUAUUAU